AUUGCUGCAGAGAAAGAGCCAGCUAAGCCCAAACUGCUGAUUCUUGAGCCGAGGCUGGCUGCUGGUGCGUGCCUUUUGCACAGGAGCUGCUUCGGGGUGGCUCAGAAGACGAGCAGAAUGGGCUGAGCCUGCCUGCAGAGGAGCAGAGAUGUCUGUCCUUGUCACUGCCACACAGCUCUGCUCCACACCUGGAGAGGAGACACAGGGAUCUCGUGAAAUGCCCCUGUUAUGAGAGGGAUCUCAGUGCAGGCUGAGAGCAGCUGGUGAGCCGGAGAGGGCUUUUGUCUGAGAAGAGGCCGCUGUCACGCAUGCAGAAGAGUUAGUCAUGUGAGAAAAAAGGCAGCUCUGGGGAUUAAAAAGACUAUUUGCCCAGCCCCCAGUUCAAAGCACGAGGAAGAGGGAGAGGAUCUGGGAUUGCCCCCCCCAGCCAUGCCCAGGUGCAGCUGUGGCAGGGCAGCCCUUCUCCAAAUGAUACUGCUGUGUCAGGGUGAAGCACAGAGGGGCUGAAGCCACCCCCAAGCUGUCCACUGCCUCUACAAAGCCACUUUGGAGUGGGGACUCCUCAGAACAAGGAUUUGACAGAUAAAACCUAUAAAAGGCCUGGCAGAUUGGAUUCAGCCUUUUUUCUUGAAAAGCUUGAAGGCUGAUGAGACAGAGCCUGACAGAGAAGCUUACGUGAGGAAACCUACUUUGUUGGGAGAUUCUCAGCCUAGACAUGGAUAUGUUGGUCUGCAUCUGGCUUCUCUGUGGUCUGAUUGCUGUUGUGAGCCCACAGACUGUCACACAACAAGCCCAAAUGUUUCUGGAAGAGUUUAACAAGAGGGCAGAAGAUAUCAACUAUGAAAGCUCCCUUGCCUCAUGGAACUACAACACCAACAUCACUGAUGAGACUGCCAGGAAAAUGAACGAGGCAGGUGCCAAGUGGUCUGCAUUUUACAACGAGGCCUCCAGGAAUGCCAGCAGCUUCCCAUUAACCAGCAUCCAGGAUGAUCUCACCAGGCUCCAGAUCCAGACUCUCCAGGAAAGAGGGUCGUCUGUGCUGUCACCAGAAAAAUAUAGCAGACUGAGCACUGUGUUAAAUACUAUGAGUACCAUCUACAGCACCGGGACUGUCUGUAAAAUCAACGAACCGUCAGAGUGUUUGGUGCUGGAGCCAGGUCUGGACACUAUUAUGGCUAACAGCACCGAUUAUCAUGAAAGACUGUGGGCCUGGGAAGGCUGGAGAGCUGAUGUUGGCAGGAUGAUGAGACCAUUAUACAAAGAAUAUGUUGAACUUAAAAACGAGGUUGCAACGCUUAAUGGUUAUUCUGACUACGGAGAUUACUGGAGAGCAAAUUAUGAAGCAGACUAUCUGGAAGAAUACAAAUACAGCCGUGACCAGCUGGUUGAAGAUGUGGAGAAGACAUUUGAGCAGAUAAAACCUCUGUACCAGCAGCUGCAUGCCUACGUGAGGCACCGGCUGGAGCAGGUCUAUGGCCCCAAGCUCAUCAGCUCCACAGGAUGCCUCCCUGCUCACCUGCUGGGUGAUAUGUGGGGUAGAUUUUGGACAAAUCUGUAUCCCUUGACCGUUCCCUAUCCAGCCAAACCAAACAUUGAUGUAACUUCUGCAAUGGUUGAAAAGAAAUGGGAUGCAAUUAAAAUAUUCAAAGCUGCUGAGGCCUUCUUUGUCUCCAUUGGCCUCUUUGAAAUGACUGAGGGCUUCUGGAACAACUCCAUGCUCACAGAGCCGGCUGAUAACAGGAACGUUGUCUGCCAUCCUACAGCAUGGGAUCUGGGAAAAAAUGACUACAGGAUCAAGAUGUGCACCAAAGUGACCAUGGAUGACUUCCUGACCGCACACCAUGAGAUGGGCCAUAUCGAAUACGACAUGGCAUACUCUGUGCAGCCCUACCUGCUCAGAGAUGGUGCCAAUGAGGGCUUCCAUGAAGCAGUAGGUGAAAUUAUGUCACUUUCUGCAGCCACUCCUCAGCACUUGAAAUCUCUUGACCUCCUAGAGCCAACUUUCCAAGAGGAUGAAGAAACUGAAAUCAACUUUCUGCUCAAACAAGCCCUAACGAUUAUUGGAACAAUGCCUUUUACUUACAUGCUGGAGAAGUGGAGGUGGAUGGUGUUUAGGGGUGAGAUUACAAAGCAGGAAUGGACAAAACGGUGGUGGGAGAUGAAGAGAGAAAUAGUUGGUGUUGUCGAACCCGUCCCUCAUGAUGAAACCUACUGUGAUCCUGCGGCGCUGUUUCAUGUGGCCAAUGAUUACUCUUUCAUACGGUAUUACACCCGGACCAUCUAUCAGUUCCAGUUUCAGGAGGCACUUUGCAAGGCAGCUAACCAUACUGGCCCUCUUCACACAUGUGAUAUUACCAACUCCACAGCAGCUGGGCAGAAUUUGAGAGAAUUGCUUGAAUUAGGCAGAUCUAAGCCCUGGACUCAAGCACUGGAAAUUGCAACAGGAGAGAAAUACAUGAAUGCAGCACCCUUGCUCCACUACUUUGAACCUCUAUAUGAGUGGCUGCAAAAAAACAAUUCUGGCAGAUACAUUGGUUGGAAAACAGACUGGGCUCCAUAUUCUGACAAUGCCAUCAAAGUGCGCAUCAGCCUGAAGUCAGCACUAGGGGCCCAGGCGUAUGAAUGGAAUGAAAACGAGCUCUUCUUUUUCAAGUCAUCUGUUGCCUAUGCCAUGAGAAAAUACUUUGCCGAUAAGAAGAAACAAGAAGUUGACUUCCAGAUUACAGACAUUCAUGUGGGGGAACAGACACAAAGGAUCUCCUUCUACCUUACUGUCAGCAUGCCAGGUAAUAUCAGUGAUAUUGUGCCCAAAGCUGACGUGGAAAAUGCCAUCAGGAUGUCUCGGGGACGGAUCAAUGAGGCUUUCAGAUUGGACGAUAACACACUGGAGUUUGUGGGCAUACUUCCAACCCUGGCCACACCUUAUGAACCACCAGUCACCAUCUGGUUAAUUGUAUUUGGGGUGGUCAUUAGCCUAGUUGUCGUUGGAGUUAUUGUCUUGAUCAUCACUGGGCAGAGAGAUCGAAAAAAGAGAGCAAGGGAAAGUAGGAGUGAAGUGGGAUCAAACUGCGAAGUGGCGAACCCUUACAAUGAAGAGGGAAAAAGCAACCUGGGUUUUGAGCCAUCUGAAGAGACACAAACACCAUUUUAGAAGACAGACCUCCAAAGCGUAAUCUAAUAGACAGUGAGAAAAACCUGACCACCAGAAGAACUUUAAUGAUGAAGAACUCAAGUUGAUAUGAAAUAACUGCAAUCUUUGCACGUUCAGGAAAUCUAUAUCGAUGCAAAAUGGAUACUGAAUGAAGACUAACAAGCACUAGAACAUUGUUAGGAAGUUGUAAUUUAAGUUAUUUUUCUAACUGUUUACCCGCUAAGUAUUGUAGAGACCAAACAGCCCAUGACUCCCUCAAAAACAAAACCAAAACCCAACAACCCUGCAUUAUGUUGUCAUCUAAAAAUUGAAUAAACUUCCUUAAUACUAAA